ACUUUUCCAACGUCUCUUGGCCAAAACCCGUCUAUAUCUUCGUACUCAUUAUUAUUAUUGUUGUGAUCAUAUGGAUCAUCACGGCAGAAACGAUCAGAAUAGUACCUUAAACGACAUGGAAAAUGGCAUCGUCAGCAGUUAUGAUGAAGAUCAUCACCACAACCAGCACCAAAAUAUUAAUGGUAAUAAGGGAGAAUCGUACGGAUUAGGAGUAGGAAAGAGUGGUUGUCGUUCGCCGCAAAUUAUGUCGUCGUCUUUACUGCGAAAGAAAUCUGACCCCAUAUUGGUCUCCUACGUUCGGUUCCAAAUGCUUAGAAACUUUCUCACAAACUUGCAGGAAGUCAUUCUUGGCACCAAACUCGCUCUUCUCUUCCCUGCCGUUCCUCUUGCUGUCGCCGCCGAUUAUUAUCACUUUGGUAGACCAUGGAUUUUUGCUUUAAGUUUGCUUGGACUCACUCCGCUUGCCGAACGAGUCAGCUUCCUGACUGAACAAAUUGCUUACUUCACCGGCCCAACAGUUGGGGGGCUACUUAACGCAACAUGUGGCAAUGCAACAGAGCUAAUUAUAGCAUUAUUUGCUCUUCAGCAAAACAAAAUAGAUGUUGUGAAGUACUCACUUCUGGGUUCCAUUAUUUCAAACCUCCUCUUAGUUCUUGGUACUUCUCUUCUCUGCGGAGGCUUAGCUAACCUGAAAAGGGAACAAAGAUAUGAUAGAAAACAGGCAGAUGUGAACUCACUUCUUCUGCUACUGGGAUUACUAUGCCACAUGCUGCCAUUGAUGUUCAAAUAUGCAGCAGCGCCGGGCAUUUAUGUUGGAAACUAUACGCUUCAGUUGUCCCGAGCAAGUAGCAUUUUUAUGCUUUUGGCCUAUAUGUCCUAUAUCUUCUUCCAGUUAAAAACGCACCGUCAGUUGUUUGACGCACAAGAGGUAGAAGAAGAGGAAGAAAAGGCAGUAAUAGGAUUUUGGAGCGCAUUUAGUUGGUUGGUUGGUAUGACUGUUAUCAUAGCCGUGCUAUCUGAAUAUGUUGUCGGUACUAUUGAGGCUGCAUCAAAUUCAUGGGGAAUCUCUGUUAGCUUUAUCAGCAUCAUUUUGCUACCCAUUGUUGGAAAUGCCGCAGAGCACGCUGGUUCAAUCAUAUUUGCUCUCAAAAACAAGUUGGAUAUAUCUUUAGGUGUUGCUUUGGGGUCUGCAACUCAAAUUUCUAUGUUUGUGGUUCCUUUGAGUGUGAUUGUUGCUUGGAUUAUGCACAUUCGUAUGGACCUUGAUUUCAACUUACUCGAAACUAGUUCUCUGGCUUUCACAAUAAUCAUAACAGCUUUCACUUUACAGGAUGGAACUUCUCAUUACAUGAAAGGAGUAGUUCUCUUCCUGUGCUACAUAAUCAUUGCUGCAUGUUUUUUUGUUCAGAAAACUCCCUUGAACAAUGCAGCAUUGUUUAACUUGGGACCAGAGCUUACACCAUCCUCCUCGGGAGUCUUGACUGCUUGAUCCUGUGCCUCGCACUAAGGGAAUAAUAUUCCCAAAUAAAAGAGAACAGUGCUGCAAACCAAGUUCUAUUUCUCAUUUAAUUCAACCAUUUUCUGAAGAAAAAGUUGUUCAAUUUUCAAUUUUGCUCUCAAAAUUCCUGCCCCAAAGAGAGAGCACAAGUACUGAGUAGCAAUUUCAUGUUCGAUUAAUGUAACUUUAAGGUGGGACCAUUGCAACAGAGCAAAGAAUUUGAUCAACUCGGAGGAAAAAAAUUGUGCAGGCUUCUGCUCUCUAUUUAUAUAUGUCCUAGUAAGGCUUUGUUUUUCAAGAAAAUUUUUCCCCCAUGUACUCAAAUAUUCCUUUUGCUUGUAAUUUAAUUUAAGUAAAUGUGUUGAUGAAGCAAAGAAGAAUGUCCAUUCUAGCUUCCUUCUAUGUAAGAAUAAUCACUAUAAUAAUGAAAAACUUCGGACUCGGGGAAGUCAGUUCUAUGUUUA